AGAGGGGAGUUCAGCCGUCGUUUCGACCACAUCGUACGAAUCGUUACAUACAUGUUUCACACAAAACUUUGGAUAGUGGAGUUUUACUGGUUGAGAUCAAAGAGAAAAUAUCCAAAUUGAGAGAUAUAUUUUUUUUUAAAGCAAAUAAACAAGACGACUAUAUUCAUUUCGUUAUCUAGAAGGAUCUGAUAUUUGUUUCUCAUUUCUCAUUUAUUUUUAAAAAAAUUGCCAACUAAUGAAUUUUGAUUUAAAAGAAAAAAGAAGCUAUGAUGUGUCAGUUGUUACUCUACCCACGUGUGCACAGUUCAGCUAGGACCUAGCCGGGUACUCCUAGAGUCCCGAUGUGGCUUUUCCUACGUCCGGCGUUUCUUCGUAGACCCUCGUGGAUCUUCGGGUCUAUCUGGAGUCUACCUUUGGCUGUGUGUACCCUGGGAGAACUGCCGUCGCCUGGUUUGAGGCGCUACAACUUGGAGACGGGGUAGCCGGUUCGUUCGUCGCCGAGUCGGAGGGUGGAGGCUGCAAACUGCCCUGACAAGAGGUUACAGCUACCCUGACUGACACAAGUCGGUGGUGUCUUCGAGGAUUAUUACACGAAGGAUUUCACGAUUAUUUGUUCCAGUUUGCAGAAGAUCUAGCUGAUCUAAUUUCUGCGUGCGUGGUUAAUUCGUUGGAGAAGAUAUAUAUAUAUUUGUUGUUCUGUGUAUUUCUACCUCAUUUUUUGUACACAAUUAUCACUUGGUUUUACCUACUAUUUUAUAAUACACACACUUUCAUGCAUUUAAUUUGUGGAAAGUUACACCGAAACGACAAGCAAAGUGUUUUAUUCGUGCAACUUUCAGCUAGUGAUUCUUACGUUGAGGAGAAAUUAUUGCAUCAAGUUCCAGUUCUACUGCAAUCAUCAGCAUCAGAACUUUCAUCGAGUGGUUUGGAUCGGUAUCAAGCUAUUCGUGUGCUUGUGGUGAAGCAGUUUUUCUCUCUCUAGCUUACCUCCGUUGUUCUUUUGUUGUUGUUGUUGAAUAUUUACUCAAUAUUGGAUGGAGGAGAAAUUUUGGCUGUCCGCAUGCUAACGUUUAGAAUGGAACGCUGGACAGCCUAUACGGGGGUUGUCGCAUUAUGAGGAAAGGUCUUUUACAGUUGGAUUCAAGCCGAUGCAGGUUGUUGACGCUGCUGCUCAUUCUACUGUUGGGUUUCUUAGGUGCAAACGGUGCAUCCUCAGUCCACGUUUCUUCCUCUGCCAAUCCAGACUUUCUGAAAAGCAUAAAGAAAGAUAGCAUUAUUCCCACGGGUGGUGUAUCCUAUGACCGGAUUUACCAAGUCUACUCGCGAUGCAGUGGCAAACUUGUACAAAUAUUUCGAGUUCUCCGCAGAGGAAGGAAAGGGAGAAGGGGGCGAUUUCGAGCGCGGGUCGAUGCACAAGGAAAUGAAACUGACAACAACACAUUGUUGAUGUUUGAAUCUCAUCCUUCUGGUGGAGGUCAUAUCUACAUUAAAGGUGUCAACAGCAAGAAGUAUCUCUGUUUUAAUAGGAAAGGAAAUUUAAUUCUCAGGCAUUACAGCGACCCAAUGAAAUGUGUAUUCAAGGAAAUCCCUACAAAGGACAAUUAUACACGUCUGCAGUUUGUGUUGCACCCUGCAUGGUACGUAGGAUUUUCAAGGAGAGGACGGAGGUUAAAAGGAUUUGCAAUAAGACAUCCUCGAAAACAGAAAUGUUUUCACCUGUUGCCAAAGCCCUGGCGUCCCCCUGCCAGACACCGGACGUAUGGGAAACCAUUCUCCCCGUUGGACAGACUUCUCGACAGGAACAAAUUGAAACAUAUAUUAGGACGGGUCAAUCGAUGAUAGUAUAGCCUCACUAUAUGUGUGUGUGUCGACAACCGUUUGCACCCAUGAAAUGUUUCGUGACAAGAACAUGCAUGGAGUCCAAGCUCUACUGACCAGGCUCGCGAUGGUGGCGCCCCCUUCCGAAAACAGAGGGACGCUACUCCAUUUGAGCUAAAAGGGCGAUCGCGUGCAAAAGUACCUGUGAUAUUCAGAACCAAUGUGCUGGCGAUGAGCAUGGAGUGUUACCUACGAUGGAAGAUUCGAGUGCUAAUCAGAGCUAGGAAUGCGAAACGGUGGCUGGCUGUGGCAGUUGGCGUGCCGGACGACAGUCGGGCAUAGACUUGUUGUUUUCGUAUCUUGAUUUCGAACGUGGAACUUCCUAUAGAUCUGAUUGAUACGCCUGGUGUUUUGUACGUCUUUCUCGUGCGCCAGACACAUAGACACCUGUGCAUGCUGGUAUAAGCAAGCAAUGGAAUACGUUUUCGAAUAAUGGCUCCCAUAUUUUUGUUCGUCAUUGCGCGAGGCUCAACAAAUCAUUCCCAAAGCAGUGUUCGAAGACAUCCUCGGUCAGUAUGUCCAAAACCAAAGACCUGCAACAAUCGGCAAAAGUAAAAACUAUAAAAAGAACCAAAACACAACAAAACAACAACAACAAAAACCUAGACAAAACAAUCCACCUUGACGUCUUCUGUGUAAGAAGUCGGGUUACAACAGUAAAAUACGCUUUCGCUAUUUGUGUUACUUACCUGCUGUUUUGGUACUGCGGUAAGGAUGCUGAGCUCAAAAGUAUGUAAAUUCCAACUACCUCUGUCUUGUACUUUUUGUUUUCGAACUUGGCGUUCGUCGUCAGUAUGUUUGCCAGUGCAUAUUGGAUAUCUGUUAAAACAAACUGUUACUGACGCCCCGAUCCACAAGGCGGGCGAUUUUCGCUGGUUUCUAUUUUUUUUUUUUUUUUUUAGGAUAUUGACGCAAUGCAGUGUUUAAUUGCAGUGUGUGUACUCCAGUGACGAUGUGUCCAGAGAAAGUGUUUGCGUUCGUUGUUAGUGGAUAGUGAUGUAGAUUGUUGGUAAUAGGACGCUAUCUAGUGACCAUGGCACCAGCUCUACGCGAGUCAGGUUCCAGAUACUGCUAAUAUUUCCAUACGGAUGUAUCAAGACAAUGUGAACUGACACGGUAGCCUUAUUAACAAUAAAUGUCGAGUAUUAAAAAAAACUGAUGCGAGACAGAACUGGGGCAAGCAACAAUAAUAUUUUGAUACUAUUCUGUAUCGUGAGAUUAUAUACUUUUUUUUUUCUUUUUUUUUUUGGUCCUUGAUUGUAGAUUUCCAUAAUAUCGAACCUACUCCCACCACAUUAUACCCACUGUCUACUACUACUAUUCGUUAAUUGUGCCCAUGAAACUGAACUGUUAUAUUGUCAUUUUACCAUGACAGAAUGUUCCAUGAACAUCACUAGUGCAUCAUGUCAAGGUCACAGACAUGUCAAGGUCACAGACAUGUCAAGGACAAAGGCCAGUAUCAUGUAACACGUGGAUUUGAUUGCAGGUCUAGAAAUGUGAUUUUUUUUUUUUCAGUAUGACCUUGAUACUUUUCUUUUCUUUUUUUUCAAAGCAAAUAAAUAAAAUGGUGCUAUGUUGUUUAUACUUUCCAUUUGUUUUACAGUUGGGAAAUUCACAUCAUUCUUUGGCAGGACAAUAUUUGAUAUGGGGGAAAAACGUUUGUUUCGUCUGGAUUUUGUUUUCUAUGAUAUGUUCUACUUAUAAUACUUUUAUGGGUUGUUCAUUGCCAAACUUCAGUGGAACACUCUAGUGCAUUCUGUGGGCGUGGCUUUUAAGUUUAACGAAUUUGUAUGACAAGGCUAUGUCAAUGAAACCGUGUGCAAAUCGGACGAUGUUUUCUGACCAUGCAAACAGCCCAAGAGUGGUACUUUUGCUUUGUAAUAGCAUUUCUCACAUUUGUCCGUUCACACAGUCUUCGAAUUGUUCACGGAAAGGCAAACGCCGUACAGGAUAGAAUGACCAACAGACCCGCGAGACAGGCUAAUAUGUUUAGUUUUAAAUUGCAUUCGAUGUCGCAAAUCAAAACAAUUCUACGAGCUAGCAAAUUGGAAACGUGAUAACGAUAAAACCGUGUCCCUUGCUCGUUUACAGAGGGGUUUUCUCUUUGAGCAUUCAAGUCCUUAUUGGUAAUCCCGGCCCACAUUACAGGCCGCAAGACAAAAGCUUCAAAUGUGUUGUGGCGGUCUCUGGUCAGUGUGGGGUCUUUUGGUCAACAAUUUAUCUAAAUUUGCUUGAGAGCAUUGUCAAGGUUUAACAGCUGGACCAAUAAAAGGUGAUGUACUGUAUUGACCCAAAAUGGGGUGUCGCCAUCACGCCUGUUCCUAACCUUUACGACGUGAAAGCUGGCGACGUGCGCUUAUGGCAAUAACUUUCGCUUGUUUGUAUGCAUUAGUCGCGAUACUACAUCUACAGUAAUAACCUUCUUUCUGGAGGUAGUAAAAAAAAGUGGUAAAGGUUUGAAAAAUCGUAGAAUUUGCAACUGUCUUGGGGAAAAAAACGUUCAGUGAUAUUUAUUCUAUGUUUUAUAUUUUUUGUUCGUUUUUAUUAUUAACAGCGAUUCCUUUUCCAAUUAAUUUUAAAAUUCAUAUUUUAAAAAUUCCGAAUGUACACUAAUGUAUACAAGUUUGGGUUUUUUGGGUGGGUUUUUUUAAAUGGUUGUGGUGUCCAUAAAUAUAGAAAGGUAAAUAUUAAGACCCUCACAUUGACUAACGAUCGACACCUCACAUUUGUAGCUUUUAGAAACAAUUUUGAAUCGUCAUGACGUCAGAUUCUCCUGCGCUUAAUUUUCAGUCUUUGUUUCGGUCUGUCUCGGGCGAUCACAAAACAUCGUUCAUAUUGCACGGGACAAGUGGCUACGUGAAAAUGUUCAUUAUGUUAAUAUCUCAGGGAUAUAUAGUCGACUAAACAUUGCCCUCAGCAAAAUGUGGUUCGCAACAAUUUAAUAAAUAAUACACAGCUGAACUGAUCAUUACUAUAAUACACUCAUCGUAUUAUAACCAAUUUCGGCCAUAAUAAGGAUGGCCAAACAAAUAUGAUAUCCCUCUUUUUAUGUAUACACAUUGACUGUCCUUGUUUUUGGACACUUGCAUUCAUAUAUUGUUGAAAUUAAAAGUAUCCCGUUACUUUGUUACGUUUAACUGUUUUGAGAGAAAAAUGAAAAUGCUGCUUUGUUCGCAACGAACAUAGUGUGCGUGUCAUUGUUUACUGAUAAUUACAAUUAUAAUUUUCGUGUCUGAAUCCAGGAAAUUUUUAUUCGCAGAUAUAUGUUUUCUAGUAACAUUCCGGAACGGUAAUUGGGUAAAAUACGGUAUUAAGCACCAUCACCUUUAUCUGAAAUGGCAAUACUAUUGGAAUGAAGUUAUUUUAAUUGUAACACCCAAUUUAGUUUAGUAAACUUUUAUCGAAUCUGAUUUGUGUAUAGUGUAUCGGCUUGGGGAUAGGGGAAGAUGGCAUAAUAAUGAUUAUUACAAAUAAAGUAAAAUCCAACAACCACAGUACUGUCACAUAUAACAUGAGUGUUCUGUAUUAGUUUUUAAAGUAAAAUAGUGUAAAGGAAAGACGAAAUAUUCAGGCAAAAAAUAUAUACCAGUAGUUAUAUCAUAAUUAAAAUAUAUCUAAAACUAGACUUUCACUGCUGCAUCUAGUUCUAACAAAUCAAUGGUAGAAUGUUAAUGAAACAGAAAAUAUAUUUACUGAACGAAAUAAUGGUUACCCCCAAAAUCAACAAAACUGGAUAGAAUGUACAUUUUUGUAGUAAUUCUUCUUCUCGCGGGGAGGGGUUGGGUAUUAAAAAAUAGGUUUGUUAUUAUUAUUAUUAUUGUAUAGAGUUUUCAUCGAUUUGACAAUUUUUGUAGUCAUGGUAAUAUAAACUAAAAAGCAUUUCUAGCGGUCACAGUAUUUUAAGGUCAGGUUUUUUUUAUUAUCAUUGUUUAUGAUGUAGACAAUAUCUCUUUAAAGGUUGGGGGGCUUGUUGGGGGGGGGGGGGUUUGUUCCAGUAUUAACACAAGCAUAAUUGCAGUUUUUGAUCCCACUGCAUAAUUGUAUCGAAACGCUGUGAUACAAGCGUUAUUUAAAGUAGAUUCCACGACGGGAACAGAUAUGAUUGGAAUUAUCAUACGAACGGACAUACGAAAACCUUUUUAGGGUGUUUAUUCCUUAGUUACCUCCUCGUACCUUUGGUCAAAUCCACUGUCACUUAGCAUUUAACAUUAACAAAGUGAUGGAGCUAAUGCAUGCAUACGGGGCGCAGACUCUAUUCAUUAAGAAGUCGCCGAGAUCUCGUAUGCAGACAAAUAUGUAAAUAUUGAUUGUAUCAUAUUGUUGUAUAAGCCAAAGAUAUAUUUAUUUAACGUGGUCAUGUACAUAAAUGUCAUGUUGUCACUGUGUCUAAUGUUAUUUAUGCACUCAGUGCAGUAGCGAAAUCAGUGAAACAUAACAAUAAAAAGUAUGAAAUAUGU